AGGACUGAAGUCGCAACAUAUUUUAUGACCCUUUUCUUCUUCUUACCACACAACGCACAUAAAUUCAAAUCAGAGUAGAGAAAAGAAGCCCUUUUUAAGGUGAAAAGAAUGGAGAGUAAGGAGGAAAUUAUUUCUGUUGAGCUUCCUGCACCUGCUUCUUGGAAGAAAAUGUUUUUCCCCAAGAAAGUUGGCUCGCCAAGGAAGACAGAGAUCGUGUUCAUUGCACCGACUGGGGAGGAGAUUAGUAACAGGAGACAGUUGGAGCAGUACCUAAAAUCACACCCCGGUAAUCCACCAAUAAAGGAGUUUGAUUGGAGUACCGGUGAGACCCCUAGAAGAUCAGCAAGGAUCAGUGAAAAGGUCAAAGCUACUCCAACACCGGAAAAGGAAACCCCAAAGAAGCGAGUCCGAAAAUCAUUGAGUGCUAAGAAGGAAGAAAAGGAAACAGAGGUCAAUCCUGAAAAAGCUGAAGGUGAGAAAGAAAGUGAAAAGGAAGAUGCACAAGCCGCUGAAAAGGAUACUUCCAUCGAAACUCGGGCUAACGAUGGAGGUAAAACAGAAGUAGUGGACCAGACUGAGCACACUGAUGCCAAGAUGGAGGAAGCUGGGCAGGAAGAUGCUGGUAAUGAUGUCAAGGGUCCAGAAACUGCAGAGGCUGACAAAAAAGAAGAUGCUGCUGGGAAUGAAGAAACCCUGACUCCAAUGCAGGUUUUAGAGAAACCAACAGAAGAUGGGAUUCAAACUGAAAAGGCAAAGGAUGAAGCCCCUACAGAAAAGGUGCCGCAAACUGAGGCAGAGAAAGAGAAUGGUACAUGUGAGAAACAACCAGAAAACAUGGGAGCUAACGGGGGAAUAAGAUAG